ACUUUUCUUCUUCAUCUCUUAAUUCUUCUUAAUUCUGGUUUCCUUGACUUCCAACCUCAAUUAAAAUCCCACUUUCUGCAAGGAGCCUUCCCUAAUCUUAGUGCUUUCCCUCCAAAAUUAUCUCCAAUUUAUCUUUAUUUCUUGUUUGUACACAGUUUUCAUUUGGUUUCCCCAUUAGAUUGUGAGGUCCUUAAAAGCAGAGUAUGAUUUCUGUGUUUUUGUUCUUGCCUUUCUUUGGAUCUACACCUCUAAACACUGUGCCUAGCACAUAGUAAGCACUUAACAAAUCCUGAUUUGCUUUGACCCCCUCACAAAGAGGGGAUCAAGGCAGAGGCAUUCUCUUCUCUCCAGAUACAUAUGUGUGUGUAUAAAUAUACAUAUAUAGAUAUCUAUAGUUGUAUUUUCUCCCUUCAUCAUCUCAUCAGUUCUCAUAGAUUCAGCUACCUUUAUGCAAAGGAAUUCCUAUCUAUACAGCUACCCUUAAUCUCUCCUGAAUUUAUCUUAUAGCCUAAUGGACCUCUCCAUCGACCAUCCUAUAACCACUCCAAAAUUAACAUAUCCAAAAAGGGAGUUCAGGUUUCUUCCCCCUUUCCUCCCAUCCCAAACCCAUGCCCUCCUCCAAAUUUUCUCAUUUUUGUUCUUUUCCAUCCUUGCCCCUCUCUCAUAGCCUCUGUCCUUGUUCAGGACCUUAUCACCUCUCAUCUGGACUACCAUGAUAGCUUUAUAAUUCACUUCCCUGCCUUCAGUCAGCCAGUCAUCAAUGAAUAAUAAAUGCUUGUUGGCUGCAAUCUCUUCAAUUUCCUGAGAAAUUUUCAAAUUGAUACACCCCAGACAGAGCUAAAACCUAGUCACCCUUACUAAAAAAUGAAUGGUUCCUAAUUGCCUGGAGAAUAAAACACAAAAUCCUUGGAUUGGAAUUUAGGUUCAUAGAUUUAGAGCAGGACAUCUAGUCUGAUUUCUUCCUCUUAUAAAGAACUGAGGCAUAUAGUCACAAGGCUCUGACAGUUUUUGAACCUCCUAAUGUCAAAUCCAGCAUUCUAUCUGCUAGACUUAGUUGCCUCUAAGGCUUUCCAUAAUCAGGCUCUAACCUCCCUUUCCAGUCUUAUUUUAUAUUAGUCUCUCCCCAUCACUCACUUUCCAUACUCAUAAAUCUGCUAACCAUUCACCAGGAUGAUACAUUCUCUUCCCCUGCCUCUGGGGCCUUUGUACCACCAGGCCACCCCAUUCUGCCCUGGCCUUAUUCCUUUUAUAUCUGGUAAAAUCUUUAAGGUAGAGUUAAGGUGCUCCUUUUUUUAUUUUAAUUUUUAGAUCCUUACCUUUUGCUUUAGAAUAGUUACUAAGUAUCAUCUCUUUCAAGGCAGGAAAGCUGUAAGGGAUCUGCAAUUUGGGUUGUGUCUUGCCCAGUCACACAACUAGAAAGCGUCUAGGAUCAUAUUUGAACCCAGAACUCCUGUCUAAGCCUGGCUCUCUAUCCACUGAGCCACCUAACUGGCCCCAGGUGAUACCUCUUAAAAGAGAUAUUUUCUAUUCUCCCUUUUAAAACUGCCUUUAAAACUGCCUCAUUUGGAAAUUUUAAUGUAUUUUGUAUUUUAUUGUAUAUUGUAUUAUUUAUAUUGCGCUUAUAUAAUUUAUAUUUUAUAAAAAAAUUUUAACCCUUACCUUCCAUCUCAGAAUCAAUACUAUGUAUUAGUUCUAAGGCAGAAGAGUGGUUGUGUUGGGCAAUGGCGGUUAAGUGACUUGUCCAGGGUCACUUGGAGCUAGGAAGAGUCUGAGGCCACCUAGCUGCUCCCAUUAAUUAAAAUUAUUUCUUCUUUGUUCAUUAUUUUGAAUAUACCUAAUUGUGUAGUUGUUGUACUACAUAGCAAUGGUCUAAUUAUGGAGGUUUAUUUAUUUUUGCAUCCUCACAGCCUAGCAUAAGACCCUGCACACAGUAUGACAUAAUAUCGGGCUUGGGGCUGCUUUCUUUCCUGACCCGUUCCAGAUGAGUCAGUAGCCUGUCGGAACUGGAAAAGUCUCUACAGAUGUUCCGCUCGAUCCUCGCCUCUCCGCGGCCCCAGGAGAACAAAUGACGUACUUGUCCGAAGACGGGGCCCUAACUUGACCCCGGUGCCAGGGUACUUCCCACCACAAUGUCGCUGCCUAUUAAAUAUCCAGCACCCCCUUCCCUAGUCAGGGCUGGCGCUGCAGCGGUGCCCCCAUUACCUCUCUCUUCUCCUCCAGCCCCCACCUCAGGGUCCCGGAUUUAGGGGGAGCCUUAAUCUCUGGGACAGAGCACUUUUAUUUUUCUACAACGCCUCUAUGUGAAUCUGCGGUCCGCGUUUCCAAGGUAACGCGCCCUUCCUUCCGGUCCUCCAGUCCUUCGACGCCCCGCCCUUCAACCUUCCCCUCUCCCCGCCCCCUGCGGGUUUUGUCCUCCGUUAGAUCGAGCUGCCGGUGACGCCGGUUCCAAGGCCAACCCCAGCUGCGCGCUGGCCUAUGCUCCGUCGGCCGGGCGAGCAGUUCCUCUGGGGCGGACUCUACGUGCUGAUUGGUGGGAGCGGCAAUCCGUCCAUGCUAGGGUGGUGGCCUGCUGGAGAGCCCAGAAAGAUGGCGGCCGAACGCAACAACCGGCACAUUUGGGAAAAUACUGACUGAGCCCUCAGGUCCAAGCAGCCCGUCUUAUUUCAGGCCUUCUGGACCCCCACUGUUUCCACAUGGCUCUAAACGCCCUGAAGGAGCUUCAGGCUGGGGACCAUCCCCCCAUGCUAGUCUUUCAGGUGGGCAGGAACGCUCAGUUGGACUCCCUGAGCUACCAGUCCCCCAUCAUGCGACGAGUUUUCAUGAGGUUCCCUGAAGUGUUGUUCAUACACCGGACCCAUAAUCCCCGAGGCAAAAUACUCUAUACUUUCCUGGUGGAUGGCCCUGGGGUGCAGCCUGAGCGCAGCUUGACCAGGAUAGUGUAUUUCUCUGUCCCAGUCAAAGAGAACACUGAGGGGCUGGUUCAGCUGUUCCACACCUUCAAAAAGUUUAACCCAGAGUGGGAGAGAAUUUGCACCAUCCUAGUAGAUCCUUAUUUCUCCCUGCUGCCUGUUCUAGCGAUGGAAUUUCCAUCAGCCGAGAUACUUCUGUCUGCCUUUCAUGUUUGUAAGUUUCUCCAGGGAAAGUUCUACCGACUUGCCCUAGACCACUCAGUGAAGAAGCUGCUACUCACCACCCUAAAGAACACUAUGUGUUCUGCCACUGCCAGUAACCUGAAGAAAAUGCACACUCUCCUUAGUGACUCUGUCCCCCAAGACCUGCAGCCAGACCUUCAUCUGGGCUGGCUUCUAGAUGACCGGAUCUGGCUGGCACAUAGGUGGAGGAGCAAAGCUGAAAGUAUCUCCUAUUUUCAGGACCUAGAGAUCACAACCCGGGUUUUAAGCCAAUUCUUUGGUAUUGAACUAUCUUUGGAGAGGAGUAUCCUUUCCCUGUUAGGGUAUUUGAAGCAGAGAAUGGAGAAGGAUGGGGCCUCUGACUCAGACUUGAGUGUCUCAGCCAACUGUAUUCAACCAGAGCCUUCUGCAGAAAUGGCCAAGCUCCAAGAGGUGGAAGCCUGUAUCCAACAUUCCUUGCAGACCAUCUGUGCUGAACCUGCUGCUCAGCUCUGCCUGGGAGAGUUUGCUGUGGUCCAGAGGUCUGUACAGCUGAUUGGCUCAAGCACAGACAAAGUGAACAUCCAGAUCCUAGAGGACAUGCAUGAAGUACAGGGCUCAGGCAGCUGUACCUGCCACUUCAAUCAAACUUUUAGCCUGCCCUGCCGCCAUAUCCUGGCUGUCCUUAGCUCUCGUCAGCAAGUGCUACAGCCUGAAAUGCUACCUGAACAAUGGAAACCUGGCUGCAGGACACCUCCAGGAAGUGUAGCCAGCCUGGCCAAUAUUCUGGGCAGCAGGUGGAACGUGGCUCUCGACAAAGAGCUUGUGGUGGCAUUCCUCACAGGGGAGGUGAGGCGGCUUUUGCUUCAGUGUAGCCGGGAAGAGUUUGAGCGACGAUAUAACACCCUCCGUGAACUAGCAGAUAGCUGGAUUGGACCUUAUUUCCAAGUGCAAGUCUAGGCUCUCUUACUUCCUCUCUGUUAGGUCUACUUUGUUCUGUGACCACCUAGAUGUCCUUCCUUAACCCAGCUAAGGGUGGUGGUGUUGGUGGUGGUGAUGAUUAUUGCCUAGAUCAAUGACAUAGCCCCUAAGCCUCAGUUUUCUCAGCUAUUAAAUGGGAAUAACAGUCCUCCUACUUAUCUCACAGGAUUGUUGUAAGGAAAGUAUUUUUUAAACUAUAAAUUGCUAUAGAAAUUAGAUUUGUUUUUACCCACUGGGAAACAGGGAAGGAGUAAUGUGCCCCAUCACAUUCCAACUUGCUCUGCAAACAUUCUGUACUCUCUUUAAGGUCUGAUGACCUAACAGAUGAGGAAAAGGAUUGAGACCAAAUGAACUGUCAGCCUAGGUAUGGAAUUUUUUCUUGCCCCUAUGAUCUAUGUCUCAUUGCCCUGCUUGAUCCAUGUAAUUAAACCAGAAUGCCCAAUAUUGCUCUUUUAGAACCUUAUCCCACCACUUCCCCCAGAAAGAGUACUGAUUGCCAUUCCUACUAUCCUAUCUUCUGUUUUGUGCCAACUGGGGAGAAAUUUGGAUGGGAUAAAAGUUUAUAGCAAAGAUACCCAGUAAGUUGGCUUGUUUGUUGCUACCAUAGAAAUUGGAAGAGUACUACCCCUUGCCUUCUUCCCCAAUGACUUUUUUGUAAUUUCAAGUUAUUGUACUGUUCUCUGGCCAAACCCAUUUUCUUAUUAAAGUAAAUAAACUUCCCAGCACUUGGCAGUACUGAA